GCGACCCUCCCGCAAGCUGGAUGGACGCGGCCGGAGCUCCCAGUAAGCACAGACGCGACACGGCGCAGCGGCAUAGCGACUGACAACUAACUCGAAACAGCAAUGAGGCGCGCAUGGCAGAGAUCGGCUGCGUCGCGGACGCGUCGUGCCAGCGCGACAUCCGUGCACGUACGGUCUGGACUUCAGAGGACACAGAAAACAACCAUGCCUCAACACGGCGGGGGUUCAGAAAGGGGCGCCGGCCAGGACGGCUCUGAUGACUGCGGCGACAUCUCGAGCGAGGAGGACGUCGAGAGCGGUGCACUGGGGGCCGAAGCCAAGCAGAGAGCGACCGGCGUCAGCAUCAACAGGCACGACGGCAGUCCGGCGCACACUGCGAGAGAAGGCGGCAGCGGCGGUGGCGAAGGCAGCGGCAACUGCAGCGUGGCGGGGGGCAGCGCGGCGCCUGCGUGCCCGCGCUCGGGAGAGCUGUGGGCGCGCGCCGACGUGGAGGCGGGGCUGCGCGCGCUGCCCGGCGCCGACGCCGCCGCGCCGCUGGUGGCCGCGGGCGACGCCGAGGCGCUGCUACAGCGGCCGGCCGACCAGCAAGACGCGGCGCUCCUCCUCGCCGCCUGGCAGGGCCGCGCCGCGCUCGUCCACCAGCUGCUGCUGCGCGGCCGCACCGACCGCCUGCUCGCCGCCACCGACGCUGACGGCAGGAGCGCGCUGCACCUGGCGUGCUACGCGGGCGAGGCGGACGCGGCGGAGGCGGUGUUGCGCGCGGGCGGCCGCGCGGCGGCGCGCCGCUGGGACGCGGCGGGGCGCGCGACGGCGCUGCACUGCGCGGCCAGCGCGGGCUGCGAGCGCGCCGUGCGGCUGCUGCUGGCCGCGGGCGCCGACGUCAACGCCGGCCUGCAGGCGGGCUCGCGCUCCCCGCUGCACUGCGCCGUGCUCAGCGACGCGCCCGCCUGCGUCCGCGAGCUGCUCGCCGCCGGCGCCUGCCCCAACACGCCGCAGGUGUACACGGAGACACCGCUGCACGUGGCGGCGGCGAUGGGGUACAGCGAGUGCGCGCGGCUGUUGCUGGAGGGCGGCGCGGACGUGCGCGUGGCGGUAGGCGCGGCGCGCUGCACGCCGCUGCACCUGGCCGCCGAGGACGGCAACGCGGACUGCGCGCGCAUGCUGCUCGACGCGGGCGCCGACCCCAACGCGCAGUCGCGCCGCCGCCAGACGCCGCUGCACCUGGCCGCGCUCGCGCAGGCCGCCGGCACGCUCGAGCUGCUGCUGCAGCGCGGCGCGCGCCCCGACGCGGAGGACGACGACGGCCGCACGCCGCUGCACUCCGCCAUCGUCAAGGUGUCGCGGUCACUGGAGUGCGUGCGGCUGCUGGUGGGGGCGGGCGCGUCGGUGAACCGCGCAGACAAGUUCGGCUACACGCCGCUGCACCUGGCGGCGCUCAACGAGUUCUCGGCGUGCGCGGCGCUGCUGCUGGAGCGCGGCGCCGACGUGACUGCGCGCACGCGCGGCGGCGUCUCGGCGCUGUCCUUCCUGGUGCGGCGCGUGCCCGACGUCAUCCCCGCGCUCGUCACGCAGCUCGACGGCGCCGUCACGCUGCACGACCACGAGCUCGGCGACGUCGACUGCGAGCUCAGGCUCGACUUCCGCGUGCUCGUGCCCAACGCCGAGCGCGGCGAGUCCGGCCUACUGCUCGCCUUCAUCGAGGUGGGGCUGCGGCACCUGCUGAAGCACCCGCUGUGCGAGGCGUUCCUGUGCCUCAAGUGGCGGCGCAUCCGCAAGUUCUUCCUGCUGAGCCUGCUGUUCCACGCGGUGUUCGUGUUCGCGUACACGGUGUUCGUGCUGACGGGCGCGCCGCGGCCGUCCGCCUGGCUGUGGCUGCACGCGCCCGCCGGCUACCUGCUGCUCGCGCUCAACACGCUGCUGCUAGCCAAGGAGCUCUUCCAGAUGGUGCACUCGCGCGCCGGCUACCUGCGCUCCUGGGAGAACUGGCUGCAGUGGCUCAUCAUCGCCAGCGCCUUCCUCUGCUGGUUCGGCGGCGCCGGCGAGGAGCCCGUGUGGCAGCGGCACGUGCUCGCGCUCGGCAUCUUCCUCACCUGGCUCGAGCUCAUGCUGCUCGUCGGCCGCUUCCCCGUCUUCGGCCUCUACGUCCAGAUGUUCACCACCGUCGCCGUCAACUUCGCCAAGUUCCUCAUGGCCUACUGCUGCCUGCUCGUCGCCUUCAGCCUCAGCUUCGGCGUCAUCUUCCACCACCACGCGCCUUUCAAAGGUGCGCUGCGCAGUGUACUCAAGACUGUGGUGAUGAUGUCUGGAGAGCUGGAGUUCGAGGACAUUUUUUAUGAUGCGGACCAGCCACUGCAGUAUGCAGGGACUGCGCAUCUGCUGUUUUUCGGCUUCGUGCUUCUCGUCACAGUCAUUCUGACAAACUUGCUUGUUGGACUCGCUGUCAGUGAUAUACAGGGUCUACAGCGUUCAGCAGGUCUGGACCGUCUUGUACGACAGGCUGAAUUGGUGGCCCAUCUGGAGAGUGCCCUCUUUUCACGUUUGUUGACAUGGCUGCCACCACGACUUCUCUCUAUGGCCCAUCAAAGUGCACUGUUGCUCACUUCUCCAUACCACAGUUCAGUUUACGUCCGGCCCAACCAUCCACAGGCUGAUCGAUUACCUGCAGAAAUAGCACGUUCUGCGUAUCGGCUUGUCGCAGAAAGAAGAUCACUGCUUCAACAUCCUGGACGAAUAAACAAACACGAACUUGCCUACUCAGUGUUUUUUGAUCCUACAGAGCAUGAUGAUGAGUUGUGUACCCUUAGACGAGUGGCUUCUGCACCUACAGACCGUAUGAUAGCACAUGUCAAGGCAAUGCAUGCUGAACAACGGCAACAAAAUUCUUUGUCUGAAGAACGUUUCAAUAAGAUUACCAGCCAGUUGGAAGAAUUGCAAAAUUCCUUGUGGGAAAAGAGUAAUUCAGAUGAACAACACAAGUAUUAAUGUUCUGUCAAACAUCUGUAUUAAAAUACAAAUAUGUAAAGCAAUACCAGCACAUUAAUAAUAAAAUUACAACAAACCCAUGGUAUAACACAUCUUCCUAACAUGCUGAUUGUGCUAAUAUGCAAGUACAUUUCCCUUCUACCAAAAUAA